AUGGCUCUGGAUAGAUUGCAAUCUACAUUGGAAUCCAAGGAUCUGGUCCGAAUAUCGGGCAUUGCGAGCUAUCGCGAGUAUCCCUUUAGCUCAGACGGCAAGCUGUUGUUAUAUCGCGUCAAAGACAAGCAGAAGGAAGAGGGUUCUUCACAAGCAACACAAACCACAGAUGUUGUUGUUCACGAUCUUGUUCAGAAUGCACAGAAGCACGUUAUUGGCGGACCAACCGAGUCGAUCGUAUGGACAGAAUUCAGCCCAGAUGCCAAAAGCGUCGCGACCGUGUCCCGAGACGGUAGUCUACGCGUCUUUGACACCACAAAUGGCGAGUGUAAGCACAAGAUCAGUCCUCCAGAAGGACAAUAUUGGAAAGCCGAGUGGUCACCAGAUUCCAAGCACAUCUUGGUCUCGGGCUUGAUGAGAGAAACAGAUCAAGACCAGACCAUCCGCCACACAUACUAUCUGGCUGUGCAUUCGANNGGCGAGGCUGGCGAGCAAGUCGCCAAGUACAAGAACGAGAACAUUACCAGUAGAGUGACAGGCAUAAUCACAGCCUGGUCUCCAAGAGAUGAGAUCGCGAUUGCGCACGAGAUUAAUAUCUGGAUCUGGAAACCAUUCGAGGACAUUAUCUCCACAACCUGGUCUCUGAAGAUUGAAAAUCCACUGAUGCGCGUGUUUGCCAACACCAUCGAGCUCAUGUGGGCUGAAGAGGGCAAAAUAUUGAUUGCCAAGAAUUGUGGUGGCACGAUCGAAGUGUGGGACCAAGACGAGAAUGUCAAGUGGAGGAUGCAAAGACCUAUGGGAUCUGGCAUGACAAAGAGUGCCAGGGGUUGCCACUGGCUCGAAGGGUCUUAG